AUGGUCCGAUACGGAGCUACCGAGAUUGAGACGGCCAAGUCGGCCCGCGCCCGCGGCUCGUACCUGCGUGUCUCUUUCAAGAACACCCGCGAGACUGCCCAGGCCAUCAACGGCUGGAAGCUGCACCGCGCCGUCAAGUUCCUCGAGAACGUCCAGGAGAAGAAGGAGGCUGUCCCCAUGCGCCGGUACGCCGGCAGCACCGGUCGCUGCGCCCAAGGCAAGCAGUUCGGUGUCUCCAAGGCCCGCUGGCCCACCAAGUCUGCCGAGUUCCUCCUCGGUCUCCUGAAGAACGCUGAGGCCAACGCCGACGCCAAGGGCCUCGACACUGGCAACCUUGUUGUCAAGCACAUCCAGGUCAACCAGGCCCCCAAGCAGCGCCGCCGGACGUACCGUGCCCACGGUCGUAUCAACCCCUACAUGUCCUGCCCCUGCCACAUCGAGCUCAUCCUGACGGAGCAGGAGGAGGCUGUUGAGAAGUCUGACGCUGUUACCGACCGCAACGAGCACCUUACAUCAAGGCAGCGUGGCGCUCGCGUCCGCAAGGCCCUCACCGCCGCAUAA